AGAAACAAAUAGGAGAUUCCUGUAUAAACUAUCGGAUGAAAUACAAUAUCUACCCAUACGUCCCAAUUGCCGAAUAAGAAGCUGAAGCAGGCAUGCAUGGAAUGCAAGUUCAGACAGGAAAAUCGGAGAGACUGAAAGGCAUAAUGUGAUAUCGUACUCACAUGCUGCUGAUAUGUCUCCAUGAAUGUCUCCGCGAAUGUUUCCGAGAGAAUCAAUACGGUUCAUGCACCAAACAGACACCUAUAAUUGCCUUUCCUCUCAAACAAGUCACAUAGAUGACUGGUGUGUGCGUAGUAGUAAUACCAUCGCUGUUACUCUUCUACGACCAUAUUUAUCACCAACACCAACUCGUCCGCUUCGUCGGAGCUAGAAAAAUGGCAACGGAUUCCUCCAGUGAGAGUACCCGCAAGUUUUGGAACGAAAAGGCGAAGGGCCUCUUCGAGCAGGAAUGGGUCCUCAGGCUAUUAGAGCAAGUGCGUGACUGUCUCCAAUCUAACGCCGACUGGCUAGAGAUUCGAAAGUCGUCAGACAAUGAGGCGCCGGUCAAGAUGAUCGACUACGCCUGCGGCAACGGCAUCGUUUCGCAGGCCCUGUUCGACUUCGCCGACGUCAUUCGCGGCGUCGAUAUCUCCGAUGCCAUGGUCGACCAGUACAACGAGCUUAGGCGCCAAUCUGGCAUUGCGCCCGAGCGCAUGCACGCUGUUCGCGGCGACUUCCUCGAUCCUAGCGACAACGAUGCCAUCGCAGGACCCGACUUCCACGAGGCCGACGCCAUCAUCAUGUCCAUGGCCUUGCACCAUUGCGAAGAUCCGCAAGCCAUGCUCUCUAAGUUGGUGGAUCGUUUGCGGAGGAACGGGGUGCUGGUAAUCAUUGAUUGUUUGCAGGACUCUGUAUCAGACCAUACGGGCGCGCCUUCUCACGCACACGACCAUUAUGUCGAGGAUAAACCUGAUGUUAGCUAUACUAUGAGUAAAAUCGGCUUUUCGGCCAGCGAGAUGAAACGACUCUUCUCGGACGCGGGUUGCGACCCCGAAACCAUCGACCUUCAUGUUUACAAAUCCCACAUGGCGCAGUGGUUAAAGCGUCUGGCCGCGCAUUAGCGUACAACUACGUGAAGCGAGUGGGUUCGAAUCCUACUGUGGGCAAUUUAACCAACGGUCCGAUUUUAUUCAGGUUUUUUCAUCCUGUUUUAGGG